AUGGCCAUCAAUGUUCGGUCCAAUCAAGGCCCCACGGUCCCUGCACAGUGGCUUCGACAGACCCCCAAAGAUAUACCCUUUGACGAAAUGCGACAAAGACUCAGAUCAGAUGGUUACGUAUACGUGAAGAAUUUACUUCCCCGAGAAGAAGUUCAAAGUGUUCGAAAAGAGUACAAUGCCACUACAUCUGCGUACUUUACACUUUACGAACCGACCGGGAUAAUCAAACCAGGCAGUUUCCUCGAAGAUGGUAUAUUCAAUGACCAAAACGAUCCGCUCGCCCACGGAGGUAUCGGCGCAGGAGAACUCCCACCAACAGACCUCCAAGUCCAAACAAUGAUAAACGCACACACCCAACCAAAAUACCUUCAACUACUCGAAAACCCAGAAUUCAGAACCUUCGUCCAAGGUCUAAUGGGCUGGCAAAAAGAAAUUCUCCUAACACGCACAAUGAUCCGACACAAUGCACCCGGCGCCCUAAGCACAGCCGUACACUACGACAAACUCUUUCUCCGAAAAGGAGAAGCUGAAUUUCUAACCGCAUGGGUGCCUAUUGGUGACACGAAGACAACUGGCGGUGGCCUGAUGUAUCUUUCGGACUCCGUUUUGCUCGGCCGUGAGAUCGAGUCAGAUUUCAGCAAACGGGCUAAAGAUUUGUCACACGAGGAGCGGCUUAGUGCUUUUAAUGUUCAUAUGGAGAAAUAUGGGCAAUUGUCGCAGGAUGCGAGUGAGUUCGGAGAUAUGCAUAAGGUCGACGGAAGCCGAAAUUGGCUUGUUGCGGAUUAUGAGGCGGGGGAUGUGGUUUUUCAUGAUCCGUAUAUUGUACAUGCUAGUACGAGAAAUGAAGGGGGUGAUGGGAGGGUUCGAGUUAGUACGGAUUUGAGAUUUUACGAGGAGGGGAGUGAUAUGGAUGAUAGGUGGAUGAAGUUGUGGACGCCGGGUGAUGGGCUUUGA